AAGAAAGUCAGCAGAAGGGGCGAAAAUGUAGUGAAAAUGGAUGCUAGAGUCUUCGCAUUAUAAAUACCAAAAAAGUAGUGAAAAUGGAUGCAAAUACGCAACGCAGUGUCCAUAAGCGUUUAAUGAAGCGAAGUGAAAAUGUUAAUGUGCAGUAGGACUUGGUGCUCUUCGGGUAUGGUCAUUGGUUGGUAACACACUAAUUCUGCAAAUUCUCCCUCUCCCGCCAAUUCCCUAAAAUCCCCAAAACCUCCUUUUUUCCCCUUCAAUUUCCUUCCACUUUCCCGGAAAAUCGACCUUCCAUUUUCCGUGGAAAUCUCACUCAGCUUCUGCAUCUCUACUCUCUACUCGUUUCCCCUUCAACCCUAGCUUCAAUUUUCAUAAUCAAGCCCUAAUUUUCCACAUUUUUGAAGUAAGCCCUAAUUUCCACAUUUUUGAAGUAAACCCUAAUUUAGUUCGACCAGCUAUGCCGUCCCUGGUCUCUCAGGGCAAAAUCCUCCGGUUGGAGCUCGAGAACUUCAAGUCCUACAAGGGCUUCCAAACAAUCGGCCCCUUCUAUGACUUCACGGCAAUCAUUGGGCCCAACGGAGCCGGUAAAUCCAACCUCAUGGACGCUAUAAGCUUCGUGCUCGGCGUACGGACGGGCCACCUCCGUGGGGCCCAGUUGAAGGACCUGAUCUAUGCCUUCGACGACAAGGAGAAGGACCAGAAGGGCCGCAGGGCCUAUGUUCGCUUGGUUUACCAGCUGGCAAAUGGGUCGGAGCUUCAGUUCACGCGGGCCAUUACCGGCUCCGCCGGCAGCGAGUAUCGUGUUGAUGGGGCGUCUGUGUCGUGGGAAGAAUACAAUGCUAAGCUCAGGUCCCUUGGAAUUCUUGUCAAGGCCCGCAAUUUCCUCGUCUUUCAGGGUGAUGUGGAGUCCAUUGCUUCUAAAAAUCCGAAGGAACUCACUGCACUUCUUGAGCAGAUCUCUGGGUCUGAUGACCUCAAGAGAGACUAUGAAAAAUAUGAAGAAGAAAAAGCCAUAGCUGAAGAAAAAUCAGCUCUUGUUUAUCAGAGAAAAAGAACAAUAGUGUUAGAAAGGAAGCAAAAGAAAGAGCAAAAGGAAGAAGCUGAGAAAAACCUCCGCUUGCAAGAUCAAUUGAAAUCAUUGAAGAGAGAACAUUCUUUAUGGCAGUUGUUCAACAUAGAAAAAGAUAUUACAAAAAUGACUGAGGAGCUUGAAGCUGAAAAGAGAAGCCGCGAAGAAGUUAUGCAAGAACUAGUUGAGUUCCAGCAAGAAGCAAGCAAAAAGAAGAAAGAACAAGCAAAAUAUCUGAAAGAGAUUGCACAAUGUGAAAAGAAGAUUUCUGAGAGAAGUAAUAAACUUGACAAAAGUCAACCAGAGCUUCUGAAACUGAAAGAGGAAAUGUCUCGUAUAAAUGCAAAAAUCAAGAAAAGUGAGAAGGAGCUUGCUAGGAAAGAACAAGAAAGGAGAAGACAUAAAGAGGAUGUAAAGGAGCUGCAGAAGGGCAUACAGGAUCUGACUGCAAAACUAGAGGAUUUACAUGAAAAAGCUCGAGACAGUGGGGAUAAAUUGAAGUUAGAUGAUACUGAAUUAAGGGAAUAUUUUCGAAUCAAGGAGGAUGCUGGUAUGAAAACUGCAAAGCUAAGAGAUGAGAAAGAAGUUCUGGAUAGGCAACAACAUGCUGAUCUUGAAGCUCAAAAGAAUCUGGAAGAAAAUCUUCAACAGUUGAGAAGUCGGGAGGGUGAACUGGAAUCACAAGAGGAACAAAUGCUAACAAGGCAGAGAAAAAUUAAAGAAAAUUCUACGAAACAUAGGGAUGAAGUUAAAAGUCUGAAUAAUGAACUGCAUGCGAUGCAAGAGAAACAUUUACAUGCCAGACAAAAACAUGAAAAUCUGAAGUCAAAAAUUGAUGAAAUAGAAAAACAACUACGUGAAUUGAAGGCUGACAGAUAUGAAAAUGAGAGGGAUUCCAGGUUGUCUCAGGCAGUCGAGACUCUCAAACGCCUGUUUCAUGGUGUCCAUGGCCGCAUGACUGAUCUCUGUAGGCCAACACAAAAGAAGUAUAACCUUGCUGUUACUGUUGCUAUGGGUAAAUUUAUGGAUGCAGUUGUAGUUGAGGAUGAACAAACGGGAAAGGAAUGCAUCAAGUAUUUGAAAGAACAAAGGCUUCCUCCUCAGACAUUCAUACCUCUUCAGUCUGUCCGUGUAAAGCCAGUAAUGGAGAGAUUGCGCAACUUAGGUGGUACUGCGAAGCUGAUAUUUGAUGUAGUCCAAUUUGAUCCUGCCUUGGAGAAGGCAAUUCUAUUUGCGGUUGGCAACACUCUUGUUUGUGACGAACUUGAUGAGGCUAAGCGUCUCAGCUGGACUGGCGAGAGGUUCAAAGUUGUAACUGUUGAUGGAAUUCUGCUCGCGAAAUCCGGCACAAUGACUGGUGGUACCAGCGGUGGAAUGGAAGCCAGGUCAAAUAAAUGGGAUGACAAAAAAGUUGAAGGAUUGAAGAAGAAGAAAGAACAGUUUGAGUCAGAGCUGGAAGAGCUUGGAUCAAUUAGAGAGAUGCAGAUAAAAGAGUCUGAGACAACUGGUAGAAUUAGUGGACUUGAGAAGAAGAUCCAGUAUGCAGAGAUUGAGAAGAAAAGCAUUAAGGACAAACUUGCAAACUUGGCUCGGGAGAAGCAGAAUAUAAAAGAAGAGAUAGAUCGUAGCAGUCCUGAACUUCUGAAGUUGAAGCAAGCUGUAGAUAAGCGGAGCAAAGAAAUCAAUAAGCUUGAGAAGAGGAUAAAUGAAAUUGUUGACAGAAUCUACAAAGAUUUUAGUAAAUCUGUUGGGGUGGCAAACAUCCGUGAGUACGAGGAAAAUCAACUCAAGGCUUCCCAAUAUAUGGCUGACGAGAGGCUUAGUUUGAGUAGCCAGCUGUCAAAGUUGAAAUACCAGUUAGAGUAUGAGCAAAAUCGGGACAUGGAAUCGCGGAUUAAAGAACUUCAACAUUCUAUUAGUAAUUUGCAAAAAGAUUUAGAACGGGUUCAGAAGAAAGAGGCUGAAGCCAAGUCAGCGGCUGAAAAAGCUUCUGGUGAAAUUCUUCGAUGGAAGGAAGAAGUACAAGAAUGGAAAUCCAAGUCAGAAGGGUGUGAGAAGGAAAUCCAGGAAUGGAACAAGCGGGGUUCUACAGCUACAACAAGCGUAUCCAAACUUAAUCGACAGAUAAAUUCUAAGGAGGCACAGAUUGAGCAGCUGAUGUCACGGAAGCAGGAAAUAGUAGAAAAAUGUGAACUAGAACAAAUAAGCCUACCCAUCAUCUCAGAUCCAAUGGAGACUGAAUCCUCCACAAUGGGCCCAGUUUUUGAUUUUAGUCAGUUAAAUAGGUCUCAAUUGCAGGAUAGAAGGCCCUCUGAACGGGAGAAACUUGAGGUGGAAUUUAAGCAAAAAAUGGAUGCCCUAACAUCGGAAAUCGAAAGAACAGCUCCAAAUAUGAAGGCCCUGGACCAAUACGAGGCUUUAAAAGAAAAGGAAAGGGGUGUGACUGAAGAGUUUGAAGUGGCUAGAAAAGAAGAGAAAGAAAAAGCUGAUCUGUUUAACUCAGUUAAGCAGAAGAGGUACGAAUUGUUUAUGGAUGCAUUCAACCAUAUAUCUAGUAAUAUUGAUAAGAUAUACAAACAACUCACAAAGAGCAACACACAUCCACUGGGUGGAACGGCAUAUUUGAAUUUAGAAAAUGAAGAUGAUCCAUUUUUACAUGGCAUCAAGUAUACCGCUAUGCCCCCAACAAAGCGCUUUCGUGAUAUGGAACAAUUAUCUGGCGGAGAAAAAACUGUUGCAGCAUUGGCAUUACUCUUUUCGAUACACAGUUUUAGGCCUUCACCAUUUUUCAUACUGGAUGAAGUCGAUGCUGCACUAGAUAACUUAAAUGUUGCUAAGGUUGCUGGAUUCAUCCGUUCGAAGUCCCGUGAAGGAGCCAGGGAGAACCAGGAUGAUGAUGGAGGCAGCGGUUUUCAGAGCAUCGUAAUAUCUCUAAAAGAUAGCUUCUAUGACAAGGCCGAUGCUUUAGUUGGGGUUUACAGGGACUGUGAAAGGAGCUGUUCGGAAACUCUGACAUUUGACCUGACGAAAUAUCGGGAGUCAUGAUACGGCUACUACAGGCUUCAGUGUUAUGUAGAUACAGAUCAUUUUGCACACAUUCCUGUAAUCACUGUACAUAAGACUAAGAUUUGUGGCUGUUGGGAUUGUUGUUUUAUUAGGCAUGGAAAUCAGCAGUUAGUUUCUUCUGUGUUAGGCAUGUAAAAAUCACUGCUUUGGGUUAUGUUUUAUUAAACAGUAUCUUUCACAAAGCAAUCAGCUCUCUCUCUCUCUCUCUCUCUGAAAAAGCCUGUGAAGUACCUUCUCAUUCGGAUUGUUUUCUACUAACCAUUUGUUGUGGUUUGCUUAUAAGAAAAGUGCGAGUUCUUACUUA